AUGACCGGGCGCGUCCUCGACUUUUAUCUUCCUUUCAGAACCGGAAGAGUCGCCCUGUGCAAUGCGCGUCACAACCCAACAGAACUACCACCUGCGCUUCGAUUAGUACCGGUCCGUGCCCCUCAAAAGCUGGAAAGUGUUCGUGGAGAGAUUUUAAGGAAUCGUCUCGCUCUGGCUGAGAGCGGAAGGCCCAUGCGAAUGCAUGUGUAA